AUGUCCUUCAAUAUUGUGACUACAGUCGGUGUCGUUAGUUCUGUUGCUGUUUACUAUUUCUAUUUCAGUGGAAGGUUUACGGUUUCAUUAACUGUCUUGAUAGCUUAUGCCAUUUUCUAUUCAGAAUCCAAUGAGAAACACAAAGAAGGGAAUGCAGCACAUCCUAUCACUCCUGUAAAGAAGGAGAAAAAGGCUUGUUGCUGUAGUGGGAAGAAAGAGGGUGAGAAGAAGAAAAGUGGUUCAGGUAGUUGUUGCUCAGGCAAAAAGAAUGGAAGCGGUGGUGGUGGAUGUUGUUCUACAAAGAAACUUAUCGAUGUAGACCAAAACGAAAUACCACAAGAGGAUGAUUCAAUGACUAUUGAUUUUACCACUGCUUUCUUGGAAAAAAAGAGCAAGAAGGUCAAAAAAGUUCCCAAAAUAUUCUCUGCUGCAAAGCCUGACAGCGUUGCACCCGCCAGUCCCAAACAAAAGGAAAUAGAACCUACUGAACCUGCACAGGAUAAUUUUAUCAGAAGUGCACUAACAAUAUCAAAUGAAACAAUGUUAAAUUCUCAAAUAUAUGUUUUUUACAGUUCAUUACAAGGUUCUGGUGAAAGGUGUGCCAAGAUUGUUCACGAAACUCUAACUGCCAUGCCAGAGUUAGCUCACCAACCAAAAUUAUUAAAUUUGGAUGAACUGAACGAUAUUGAUGAAUACUUCGUUGAUGUACCCUGUGAAAACGCAUUAUAUGUUCUUGUGGUCCCUUCAUAUGACGUUGAUUGUCCCCUAGAUUAUUUCUUGCAGACACUAGAGGAGAAUUUUAAUGAUCAUAGAAUUGAUGGAUUCCCACUUAGAAAAUUAGUUGGGUAUUGUGUUUUGGGGUUAGGUGAUUCUGAAUCAUGGCCUGAAAAAUUUUGUUAUCAAGCUAAGAAUACUGAUCACUGGAUAGCAAGAUUAGGUGGUAGACGUGUCUUCCCCGUUGGAGAAGUUUGUAUGAAAACAGAUGGUGUCAAUAAAGUUACUGAGUGGGCUAAUUUAUUAGCAGAAACUUUGAAAGAUGAUGAACCUAUCAUUUAUGAAUAUGACGAAACAUGUGAUAUUGAAGAAGAUGCCGGAGCUGAUUACGCUAGUGACGGAAGUGAUGAUGAAGGACUAGCUGAUGUAGAAGAUUUAGCGGGUAAAGAAGCCACUUCAAAGAAGAACUCAAAUUCAAUGGAAACUAAACAAAUGGUAUCGAAAGAUAGUCCAACUUAUAGAAAUUUAACAAAGCAAGGAUAUCGAAUUGUUGGUUCUCAUUCAGGUGUUAAGAUUUGUAGAUGGACCAAGAAUGAAUUGCGUGGUAAGGGAUCCUGUUACAAGAAAUCCUUGUUCAAUAUUGCAUCAAGCAGAUGUAUGGAAUUAACACCAUCACUAGCAUGUUCUUCUAAAUGUGUCUUUUGUUGGAGACAUGGUACUAAUCCGGUUUCUAAGAGCUGGAGAUGGGAAACAGAUGAUCCAGAAUAUAUCUUAGAAAAUGCAUUAAAAAGCCACUAUGCCAUGAUUAAACAAAUGAGAGGUGUUCCCGGUGUCAUUGCUGACAGAUUCACGAACGCUUUUAAGGUUGGCCAUUGUGCAUUAUCUCUUGUGGGUGAACCAAUCAUGUAUCCUCAUAUUAAUAGAUUUGUCGAGUUAUUACAUGAAAAGGAAAUAACAAGUUUCCUUGUUUGUAAUGCGCAACAUCCUGAAGCCCUUGAAAAUAUUGGUAAAGUGACCCAACUGUACGUUUCCAUUGAUGCUCCAACUAGAGAUGAAUUAAAAAAAGUGGAUAGACCAUUGUAUAAAGAUUUCUGGGAAAGAAUGCUUCAAUGUCUAGAUAUUCUAAGAACCAAACAAUCACAUCAAAGAACAGUAUUUAGGUUAACUCUAGUGAAGGGUUUCAAUAUUGGUAAUAUUAGUUCGUAUGCUGACUUAGUUCAAAGGGGACAACCUUGUUUUAUUGAGGUUAAAGGUGCCACGUAUAGUGGUUCUUCAGAUGGUAAUGGUAAUCCAUUAACUAUGCAAAAUAUUCCAUAUUAUGAGGAAUGUACCACAUUUGUAAAGAAAUUUACUGAAGAGUUACAAAGACGUGGACUAAACUAUGAAGUUGCUGCUGAACAUGCACACUCAAACUGUAUCUUAAUUGCUAACACCAAAUUUAAGAUUGAUGAUGAAUGGUAUACUCAUAUUGAUUUUGCUAAAUUUUUUGAGAACUUGAACUCAGGAAAGAAUUUCACAUAUAUGGAUUAUAUGUCUAAAACACCUGAGUGGGCACUAUUUGGUAACGGUGGGUUUGCACCAGGAAACACUAGAGUCUAUAGAAAGGACAAAAAAAUGAAAAAUAAGGAAAACUUAAAUGUUGCUACUGAGAACACAGUAGAGACUUCUGCAGAAGUCUCUGUUAAUGCAUAA